ACGUGAGUAGCGGACCUGCGGCGUUGUCUGGGGCGGCGGCCGCGCGGGCAGCCGGCGGGACGGGCUUCGGAGACCGCACCUCUCGCUGCAGGUCGCCAUGGCUGCUGUUGACAGCUUCUACCUCCUGUACAGGGAAAUCGCCAGGUCUUGCAGUUGCUACAUGGAAGCGCUGGCCUUGGUGGGGGCCUGGUACACAGCCCGGAAGAGCAUCACAGUCGUCUGUGACUUCUACAGCCUGGUCAGACUGCACUUUAUCCCUCGCCUGGGGAGCAGGCCCGACCUGAUCAAGCAGUAUGGAAGAUGGGCAGUCAUCAGUGGGGCCACAGAUGGCAUCGGGAAGGCCUAUGCUGAGGAGUUAGCGAGCCAUGGGCUCAACAUCAUCCUGAUCAGCCAGGAAGAGGAGAAGCUGCAGGCCGUGGCCAAGCACAUAGCUGACACCUACAGAGUGGAGACACUGGUCCUGGUGGCAGACUUCAGCAGAGGCCGGGAGAUUUAUGCUCCAAUCCGAGAAGCCCUGAGAGACAGAGACAUUGGCAUCCUGGUGAAUGACGUGGGUGCAUUCUACCCCUAUCCACAGUAUUUCAGCCAGGUUCCCGAGGACACGAUCUGGGACAUCGUGAAUGUGAACAUUGCGGCUGCGAGCCUGAUGGUGCACAUAGUGCUUCCAGGGAUGGUGGAGAGAAAGAAGGGUGCCAUCGUCACAGUGUCUUCCGGCUCCUGCUGCAAGCCCACCCCACAGCUGGCUGCCUUUUCUGCGUCCAAGGCCUAUCUGGACCACUUCAGCAGAGCCCUGCAGUAUGAGUAUGCCUCUAAAGGAAUCUUCGUGCAGAGUCUGAUCCCCUUCUACGUGACCAGCAGUGUGACUGCGCCUGGCAGCUUCCUGCGCAGAUGCCCGUGGCUGGCACCUUCGCCGAGAGUGUAUGCACAUCAUGCCGUGUCAACCCUGGGCAUUUCGAAAAGGACGACAGGCUACUGGUCCCAUUCUAUUCAGUUCCUUUUCGCACAGUAUAUGCCUGAGUGGCUCUGGGUAUGGGGUGCAAACCUCCUCAACCGCUCUUUACGGAAAGAGGCCUUGUCCAGCCAAGCCUGAACCAGGAAGCUUAGGAGAAGCGUGGCCAAGCCACAGUCAUCCACGGUAUUCUGGCAUUUGGAAGAACAUUCACCUCACCUGUGUAUCAUCUCGUACUGAGUGCCUAGUGUAUCGCCAUCCUUUGUGAGGCCGACUUUUAAGUCUGUGAGAAAACCUCAGGGAGCACAUGGGUGGCCCAGGGCCAUGAAGCCUGAGAAGAGAACGGGAAGCCUCCCCAACACUUAGAGCGUGACUGGCUCCUGUAGCGCCUUGUGUUGGUCUCUUGUUCUUCUUUUGAGAAAUCACCUGUUUCCCUUUUAUAGGUGAUUGAUUAUAGUAUCGGCUUUCAAAAUGUCCGUCACACUGGGCGUGGUGGCUCAUGCCUUUAAUUCUAGCACUUGGGAGGUUGAGACAGGUGGAUCUCCAUGGGUCUGCCUGAGCUACACAGUGAGUUCCAGGCCAGCCAGGGAUAUGUAGUUAAGCCUAUCUUUAAAAAAAUAAUGUUCAUCAGGAAGACAACAGAAAAGUGUUAUUUUCAAACUGUGAACUGUGCGUGCAGGUGGUGUUAACAGUAGACGUGUGUUACACCACACACUCCAUGGGGGGGGCAUCUGUGCGUACACACUGCCUUUCCCUAAGGUCCCCCUAGAACCAUGUGUGUGCUGUGUGUCUGAGCAAAGUUAUUGAUAAGACUUUUCUAAAGACUUUGUCAGGACAAGGUAACGGAGGAGCCUUCCCCCAGGAAACGUCUGGGUUACUUCUUCUCCUGGGCUCGCUGUGUCUGACACUGCUUUCUUUGGGUUUGUUGCUCCGACUCUGUAGGUGGGUUUCGUCCCAGACUGGGACACAUAACAGGUUGUCUUUCAAUUUCUAAGGUAAUUGCUGUGGCUAAGUAGUGAUUUCUCAGUACGUCCCUGUUCUAACUGACCCCCGUCAAGCUGGUUAGCUCUGGUUUUCAUACACUUUUCUAUGUAACCCAUCUUCAUCCCAGGAGCAUCGUUGAUAAAGUCGUCGCGUGUUUGGGCAACUUUUGUGUGCGGUAGUUGUUGACGUGAUGUUAGAGGCUCAUUUUAGCCUGUGUAGUGAGUGUGUUCGUUAUAGGGAAUGCUUUUAUUAGCGAGAAGGUACCUUACAUAAACCCCACAAUAUGGGUGCACACUGAAACUUUAAUUGGAUCUUAUAAAAGUAACCUCUGGGAAGGGUCUCAUUCCUGGCACUUGGGAACCUGGAAGUCAUGGCAGCUUGUGUAGAGUGGAGAAUAUGGCACUUACCCUUGUGGUGUUGCUGCUGUGCCUGGGAAGUGAAAACGGGUGACAUGCUGGGACUUGUAUGGAGUUGCUUUAGUGACAUGCCAUCACCUGUACGCCCAAGUGCACUUUGCCCGGAACAUCAGACGUAGCAUUUUCAGCUGUGACUCGGAUCUAGAAGAUCGGUGUCCUCAUGUCUUCAGUUACGUCUUCAGAACAAGUGCAGAACGCCAUGCUUGGAGACAGUGGAGGAGGAGCAUCGGUGGGGAUGUCGGUCUCACUGCUGAGGACCCGGGAUCAUAUGUGAUCAGCAGCAGCACAUGGUCACAUUGGUGGGGAGGAAGGCAAGAGACUCGAGUUCAAGGCCAGCAUGGGCUAUAUAGUGAAACAAAAAGAGUAGCAGAGACACACUGUUCUGUGUAAGGUCCCCUGGUUCAGUAUUCAGACUUGUCAGUCAAGCAUGGAGUCCUUGCUCCAGGAUGAGAAGGAGUCAGCGCUGUCAGUGAUGUCCCCUCAGCAGGACUCAGCUAGAACUUGAUCUUGUGCAGACUCAGAGGCUGUGAUCUGUGGCUGCACAGAAGACCUGAACCAGGCACCUCUAGGCUUCCUGGCUUUCAUAGGCAAACCUCUCUGCUGAGUGAGUCUGCCCACUGUGGACAUGGUUUUACCAUGGAAGGAGGAACUCUGGACCUCUGUAAGUCAUCCUGUGAAUUGGAAUGUAACAAUAAAAGUAUUACUGUUCCCUUAGGUGUCACUA